AGCGUGCUGGUCUCCAGAUCUUGAGGAUUGAGAACAUGGAACUGGUUUCUGUGCCUGACAACUUGCAUGGGAACCUCUAUGUAGGUGAUGCCUACCUGGUGCUCAACACUGUCAAACAGAAGAACUCACAUUUCUAUGACUGGCAUUACUGGUUGUACAGGAGGUAUGGCAUCAGGAUUUCAUCAUGUGGUCACCAAUGAUCUUACUGCCCAGCGACUCUUCCACAUCAAAGGCAGAUGGACUGUCCAGGCCACAGAAGUGUCUUUUGCCUGGGCCAGCUUCAACAAGGGCUACUGCUUCAUAGUAGAUAUGGGCGUGUUUAAACGCCUCAAGGCUGCCCAUGUGGCUGCUGGCAUUCAAGACAAUGAGAGGAAUGGGAGGGCCCAACUUGUGGUCGUAGAGGAAGGACACGAGCCUGCUGAGAUGAAGAAGAUUGAAGAGGUACCUGGUGAGUUUAACCAAGAUGACCUGGCAGAGGAUGAAGUCAUGUUACUGGAUGUCUGGGAUCAGGAUGGUGUUUCCCAUAUCAGUGUGCUGAUGACCUCUAAUCUAAUCUCUUAA